AUGCUUUCCGCUGACGAGCAGUUAUCUGAAUGUCGGGAAGUGUUUUGCUACUUCGAUUCGAAGGGUGAUGAACGCAUUGGGGUGGGUCAAGUUGGUGAUGUAUUGCGAGCGCUUGGUCAAAAUCCUACGGAAGCUGAAAUUCGAAAAUGUUGCGCUCAUUGGACUGAUCCUGAUACGAGAAUCACUUUCGAGGAUUUCGUUCCAAUCUACCAAUCUAUUAAUAAAUGCCGAGAAAGUCAUUCCUUAGAGGAAUUUGUCGAAGGUCUAUCUCAUUUCGACAAAGAGGGAAAUGGCUGUAUUAAUGUGGCUGAACUUCGUCAUCUUCUUACAACUCUUGGUGAACGAUUAUCAGAUGAAGAGGUCGAUCAGUUGCUUGCUGGACAUGAAGAUUCACAUGGGAAUGUUAAUAUAUCGGAUUUUGUGCGUGCAAUUAUGCAUGCGAAAAUUGUCAAAGUAACUCUAGAUCCUCAAGUCUUGAUGGGUUCUGUACCUCGCGAUGCCUUGGUUAUACAAGCUGUGCUUAAAGAAAUGGGAAUCACCGAAUAUGAACCUCGUAUUAUUUCACAGCUUCUCGAUUUUGCCUAUGGAUAUACAGUUGAAAUUCUCGAAAGUGCGCGUUCAAUAAGUGAACAUGCUGAGAAGAAACAAAUAGAUGAAUUAGACAUACAAUUUGCCAUCGAUAGUGCUGCAUGCUCAUGGAGGAGUGUAAAUCCAGAUCGUCAGUUUCUGUUGGAAUUGGCUGAGAAGAAAAAUUCCAUUCCACUUCCUGCUAUCAAACAAGAUUUUGGCCUUCGUUUGCCUAAUGAUCGAUUCUGUGUUAUACAACCGAAUGUAAAGUGGAAGAGUACUGCACGUCUGCGGGAAUUAGGAGAUCGAAUGAGCAGAGUUGAGAAAGAAUCCACUGAACGUUCGGUUGACUUGAGUAGGCAAACAAAACCUGAGAGCAUAGCAAAUAUUUUAAAACGACGAGCACCAGAUGAUGAUGACUUUGAUACAGUGUGA